AUGUUUUCUCGUUCACAGCAAAAAAAAGAACUUCCGUUUUUAUCAUUAAGCGAAAACGAUCAAGAAGAAAUACGCAAACGAUCCCGAAUUCUUAAUGUUUUUAGAUUUGUGUUUUUUCUCUUUGCUCUUGUGGGUGCUAUUUUGGGAGCAACGGGAACAGUGCAUGAGGAAUUAAGCAUGCUCAACAAGAUAGGAGCUAAUAUUCCCAUUUUUGGGCUUAUUGGUGAAAGGUCAGCCGACUAUGUAAAGACAAAAAUUCCAGAAGAAGAAAUUCAUGAAUUUCAAAAUUUA